AUGGACUUGGUCCGCGAGAAGAAGGGACCCCUGCGCGCCGCCAUCCCCUGCAUGCCUUUCCCGGUGGCCGUCCUCUGCCUCUUCCUCAACACUUUCGUGCCAGGACUGGGAACCUUCGUCUCGGCCUUCACUGUGCUGUGCGGUGCCCGCACUGACCUCCCAGACAGGCACGUGUGCUGCGUCUUCUGGCUGAACAUCGCGGCGGCCCUCAUCCAGAUCCUGACGGCCAUCGUGAUGGUGGGCUGGAUCAUGAGCAUCUUCUGGGGCAUGGACAUGGUCAUCCUCGCCAGCUACAAGGAGCAGGGCAUCCCGCAGCAGCUGUGAGCCACACUGGAGCUGCCGGCAGCGCAGCCCUGGGCAGCUGCUCGGAGCAGCCGUGGGCACAAGGACCUUUGCAUUUUCUCUUCUGCUGUUUCCCAGGCUUGGGGGUGGGGGGUGGGGAGAGGGAUAUUUAAAAAUAUAUUAUUUAUUUUGAAAAUGCACCUGCUUUUCUCAACAGGCUCUGGGGGCUGCCAGCUCUUCCUCCAGCUCGAGAAGGCUCGGUAGGCUCUGCAGCCCUGGGGAGUGGAGUGAAGGCAGCCAGGAAAGAGGCAGAGGGCCUGGGCCGCCCCUGGCUGCUGAGAGGCCAGCUCCGGGUUUCUGUGGCACACUGUCCACUGGGAGGGCUGCUGGGCCUGGCCAGGGCGAUUCCAGGGUGGCCUAGGGUUUGGAAGCAGGCAGGACAGAGGCAGGCGCUUGCUUUGGGUCCCUAGCCCUGCUUUCCAACCUAACAUUGCCGUGAGCGGCUCCCCUUUGGGCAGCACCAGGACAGGGUCAAGGAUAGACAGACGCCACCCCCACCUCGAGAAGAAGAAAGCCCACAGGGUCCCCCGGCCCUGCCCUCCCUACUACACCCCCGAAAUCUACAAAACUCGCUGUGUUCACUCCCUGGUGACUCUGGCCCUAGAGUGGAAAUGCUAGAAUCAUCAAUGUUCAUACCACAAUGAGGGCUGCGCUGGCCGAGACUGGCCACUGUACACUUCACAUACUCCCAGUCCCGGGCCUUCUUCUGAAAUGGGUGGGAGCCGCUGUGGUUCUGAAUUCAGAAAGUUUGCAUUUGAGAAAGGUGAUAGGAUCUGAUUACCAUACCCAAAGCUCAUGGAAUUGAAAUUAAAUUAAUGAAUGUUUUCCCACAA